ACCACUGGCCAAAGUAAAUACACUCUCACCAACCAUAUAUUAAAUAAUGUGAGUGACCGAAGGAAGGAGCACAACAAAAUAAGCUAAAUAAUUGAUUCUAGAUCUAAGCUCUCCCACUUGCUUUUCUGCAUAAUUCACUUCUUCAUUUAUAAAGUGCAAGUGUUGAAGAUUUCAAACUGUAGAUGUUUUUAAGACAAUGGCUUCUGAUUAUUUUGACCAGACUCAACCAUUUACAAUUAUAUCAAUUAUGAUUUCUUUGAUUAAAAUAUAAGUUUCAGCCAAGAACAAUGUCAAGGGCUCCAAUAUUCAUCAAGGAUCUGGCCCAGGGAAACCACAUAUGGAAGAUGUUGAUAAGGGUUGUUGAUUUGUGGGUUGUUACGGAAAAAGCAGGACAACAACACCUUGAGCUUAUCAUUCAAGAUGGAAAGGGUGAUCGAAUUCAUGUCACGACUAGGAGCCGAGACUUCAAAGAUUGGAUUGAUCAAGUCACAGAGCAUGAAACCUAUUACCUUUAUAAUGGAGAGGAUGUUCUGAAUGAUAGACCAUUCAAAGUCUGUGCUAACCCACUCAAACUUUUAUUCAAUGGAGGGACAACCAUGUAAAAUGUGGCGAUUCCAGAAAUACCGACUCACAAGUACAACUUUCACCCUAUUGAAAAGUUUCUCAGUGGAAGCUACAAACCUGACAUGUUAUAUGAUGUCAUUGGCGUUUUACAGGAUGUGCUUAAGAUGCAAAUGGGUGGUGGUGGUAGGAAGUCUUGCGUCAAUAUCGCUUUACGUGAUAUUGAAGGAAACAUGAUUGAGGUUGCGUUACGGGGUGAUUACUGCAAACAGUUUAUGAACUAUAAUACCCAUGGCAAGAUGGUUGGUCCUACUGUUAUUGUUUUGACACAUGCAUGGUGCAAAAUAAACACAGUUUCUGGAGCACCAAGUCUCUCAAAUGCAUGGAAUGACUCUAGACUUCUAUUGAACUUGGACCAUCCUCAGAUUGAUGAAUUCAAAGCAAGCCUCAAUGAAGUCAAAAGUAUCAGUGCAAUCUAUGAAUUAAGAAAGGAUUGUUUCACAACCACCAUUGGCAGAACCAAAACUUUCAAAGCUUCCAAGUUUGGCUGGUAUUUUGAGUCAUGCCCUGGCUGCAAACAAUCUAACAAGUCACAAGGUGAAAAUUUUGAAUGUCCAUGCGGAAUUACCAAUGUCGAACCCAUAACCAAAUUCAAAAUUGAACUUGAGCUUGAGUAUGAUAACCACAAAGGUACCUUUGUGUUUUGGGACAAGGACGUUAUCCCUUACACGAAAUUGAAUGCCAAGGAGUUAAGACAAAUUAUGAAGGAGGCUGGAGAAGAAGACAACCCUAAGAUUUGGCCUGUUCACCUUGUUGUGUUGUUGAAUAAGGAAUUGGUCUUCCGUAUCAAAUAUCAAUCGUCCUACGAGCAAUUCUCUAUUGUCGCAAUACUCAACGAGGAGAACCUUUUCAACAAGUUUGACAACUACCUCUGCCCUAAUGAGGAAACACAAUCUGAAGAACUUGAACAAUCUGCACAGGUAUCCUUGGAUGCAAACCAUGCUGGGAGCCCUACUGCGAGCUCUAGCUCCACUCCUGCCAAGAGGGUUGCUACAUCAACCACUGUUAGUGAUCUCAUGCUAGCUGAAGAACUUACCACUAAACAAUCUGCUACUAAAGCCAAGCCUGGAAGGAAGACUAAGCAUAUAAAGAAGGAGUAGUUUGGUGGGCCUCAUUCAUAUGUCAUUUCUUUUUGGAUGCAACUUUUUAUUUGACACCUUCUUUGUAAGGAAACUAUUCAAGUAAUAUGUAUUUUGUAUGUUGAAUUGUGUGCUGAUGAAUGUUGUAUUCCAUUUCAGCCGUACUUUAAAUCCUAAUCUUAAUAUUUAGACCUAUCUUAAUAUUUAUGUCCAUCUUCCUUCUUUAAACUU